AUGCAAUUCUCCACCUCAAAAAGUCUCAUCCUCGCCCUCUGCUUCUUCCUCUCCCUCCUCUCGGUCUCGGAUGCAUUCCCCAUUCUGCCACUUCCCAGCAUAGUCCCCCAGGAGUUGAAAAAUCUCUAUAUCAUCUUGUCCGCGUCGACUGCAAACUUCAUCGCCCAAGCCGUCACCUAUCUUCUCGGCACCCUAGUGGCGCCAAUUGGAAACAUAGCGGUCUUAGAGUUCGACCAAAGGGGAGCGGUGGCAAGUUAG